AAAAAAGUCAUCGGUACAAAGUUUGGUGAUCGCAUAGAGCGAGUUCUGCGCUUAGUUAUCGUUACGGUACUUCACAGUCAAGAGCUGGCGUUAAGUGGUGGGGGGUUCGUAGACGCGUCUAACCGCGUCGCACAGGUCCCCGCCAUCUGCCUCUGCCAACGCCUUCAAUGCACAACAUCACCGCACCGCUAG